UCCACAAAUUGAACUGUGGCAUUUAUGAUUCAAAAAUCGGAAACUCAGUGCUCCUUCGUACGACCUCAAACGUUUGCUUUCUUAUUUCUCAGAUUCAUCACUGUUGGAAAAACAAUAUUUUUCAAAAUGCAAAAAAUACCAGAAGAAGUUAAAGGCUUGUUGCUCUGAUCUCGGGGGUAUACGGCUGAAAGUGGCGGCUUCAGUCCUAGAUGGGAUCAAAGAAGCGCCUUGAAAUAAUGCCGCAAGUUAUCGACACAACACAGAAGCGAAUAACAUUGAAUGUUGGAGGACAAAAACAUGAGACGUACCUAAGUACUAUCAGAAAUUAUCCUGACACUAGACUUUAUUGGGUGGUUGAAAAUGUCACUAAAACUAUUGAUUAUCAUUCGGAAAAAAUUGAACUUUUCUUCGAUCGCCAUCCUGGGAUAUUUUCACUUGUUUUGAAUUAUUACAGAACAGGUAAGCUUCAUUGUCCAAAUGAUGUCUGUGGCCCUUUGUUCGAGGAAGAGCUUGCGUAUUGGGGUAUUGACGAAAAAAAUAUGGAGCCUUGUUGCUGGACAUCCUAUAUUCAACACAGGGACGCUGAAAACAACUUAAAGAGCUUUAACGUGGCUGGUGAUUUUGAAGCGGAACAAGACGAGGAAAGGGAAAAGUCUAAAGGAACUGAUGAUGAAUCAGAUCGACAUUCAAGCCGGAUAUUCAGUUUAUGGUCAAAGUAUAAACCGAAAGUGUGGUCAAUACUGGAAGAUCCACGCUCUUCUAGAGCUGCUAAGAUUUUUUCAAUCUUCUCAGUGGUCCUUGUGGUGUUAUCUGUUGCAGCAUCCUGUGCUAUAACUCUACCUCAGUUCUCCGAAGCAAAUACCAAUCUUCACGUAUCUCGUGUGAUUUUUGAUGUCAUUGAGUACGUGUGUGGUAGUUGGUUUACCUUAGAAGUAGUAAUGCGAGUAGUAUUUUCUCCAAACAAAGUCAAACUUGUGAAGAGUUGGUUCUUCUGGAUAGACCUUCUUUCCGUCGUGCCGUUUUACGUUCGGUUACUGUCUCCAGAAGGUGAUAACUUAGCAGAUGCUUUGCAAAUGAUUCGUUUAUUAAGACUCUUUCGUUUCUUUAGACUAUUAUAUGGUCUUCAAGUUCUUCUUCAUACGCUCAAAGCCAGUUCUUACGAAUUAUUCCUUCUUUUAAUCAUCCUAUUAAUUCCAGUGGUUAUGUUUUCAUCUAUUAUUUUUUAUGUGGAGAAAAAACUAGACCGUUUUGAAACUAAAUUUCAAUCGAUUCCUGCAUCUUUCUGGUUUUCACUGAUCACCAUGACAACGGUUGGUUACGGAGAUAUGACUCCUAACUCAUGGGCAGGUAAAAUAAUAGGAGGUGUGUGUGCAAUAUUUGGGGUUUUAAUGGUUGCUCUGCCGAUAUCAAUCAUUGGCAGUAACUUCAACCUGUACUAUGCUCAUGCCCAAGCAAGGCUUAAACUGCCUAGAAAGAAAAACAAGUUUCAUUUUGAUUCAUUGACAACAGCUAUGGCAAGGCAAGCUUUAAGGAGACGAGCAAUGCGUAGGAAGAGUCCAAGGUGGUCUGGCAGUGAAGAUCCUCUAAGUCUAUGCAGUCGAGCAAACAGCACAGUUAAAGCUAACAACUUUGAAUUGCUUGCUUGGGAUGGCAUUGCUUCAAGGAAAUGUGCAGCUACUGAUCAAACAAAUAACGAAGUUAAAAAGCCUUCGAAUAGAUUGACCAACAAACAGCGAAAAUUGAGCCGUGAGCGUCGUAUGAGCAGAAAUGACCGACCGCCUGCCAAGUUAGGGGAUUUGCCAGAACACGAAGAAAACGAAAACGGAUUAAAAACAGAAAAGUUACCUACCUCGAGGUUAAGUCUAGGCAGUUCUUCUUUGCUUCAUUUGACCAGCGAAGUACCUCAUAGAAAAGUAACCGAUGACAGAUCGUACAGAUCACGAUCAUACAGUAUGCCUCUCUCCACACAAAACACACAAUAUCCUAGACCUCCUCGGAAAUAUAGAUCUGAUAGCUCGACUGUAUGUGAAUAUUGCUCGUUGCCUAAAGAUGAACUGGAUAGAGAAAAUCUGCCUUUUAAUUCUUAUGAACUCUGUCAAUGUGAAAGAAUAACGGAGGGCCAUGAACAACAGAGAAAAAGCUCAAGUUUUACUUUGAUUAUUCCUUCACCAGAAGGUACAGAAGAUUGGGUAGAGGUUAGCUCGGAGAGUGUUAAUUUUAAAGACGCCUACAAUCCUACUUGUAGGUCAUUUUCAAUCAAUUCAGAUAAUUACAAAUCAAGUCAAUCGAAUAAUGUAGAAAUCUACGUGCGUGACGAAGAUACACCACUUCGCACUUAUCCGCCAGAUAGUGAUGGGCAUAGCAGAGACCUGGAUUCCAGUUUCUCACCAUCAUUUGGGACAAGAAAGUCAUCAGACAAUAGCACUGUACCCCUGCUGAUUGUUGAAUCAAACGAUCAAGAUAAUCCCAUCGAUAGUGCGUGUUGUGGUUUUAAUCAUACCAAAAUGCCAAACAUCGAGAUUGAAACAAGUAUUUAAAAAUGAAAUCAGCUUAAAAAGCCAAAAGCGUUCUAGCAUGCAACAGUCUAACACUUCAAGGCCACCCAGAUGGAUAGCUGGGGUAUGGACCAUCCACCCAGAUGGAUAGCUGGGGUAUGGAUCAUCCACCCAGAUGGAUAGCUGGGRUAUGGACCAUCCACCCAGAUGGACAGCUGGGGUAUGAACCAUCCACCCAGAUGGAUAGCUGGGGUAUAGACCAUCAGUCUGUAGUACAAGGGACCAUCUCAUAUUCCACUUAUAUUCUUGUGAUUUAUUUUGUAUUUAGUCCGUUGUGCGUGCACUAUAUCUAUUGGUAUAUGUUGAUGUAUUUAUGUCAUCAUAUUUAUAUUUCACAUCCAACUAUUCUUCCGUAAGGUUUGCUCCACACGCACCAACACUACAUUGGUAACUAUUUACAACACUUAACACAUAACUUACAUGUUGAUUUUUACUAAAGUAAAAACCGGAGUCACAUGUUGAUUUUUACUAUAGAAAAACCGGAGUCACAAAGGAAAAGUAAGACAUCAAGUUUAGUUAACAUGUGGUUCAGCAGGGACUCGAACCCGCGACAUCAGGCUUGAACUAUACAGCGGUAAGAGACAUCACCGUAGCAGCGCAUGCCAACCAUGUACAUAGAGAAAAUAACCGCUUGGAUUGAUAAUUGCUUUUCUUGUAACAAUAAUAAAAUAUAGAAAAAGAA